UAAAUCCACAAGAAAAUGAAAUCAAAAAGAACCAACAAGUUUUAGCCUUUCAAUACAAAGUGAAUUUUUAGGGCUCCGAUUUCUAUUUCUAAAUUCCCUUGUUGGUAGUUCGAUCGUGAAAUUUCUUUCUUUCUGUAUUUCCGGAAUAUGAGUGUGUGACUUGGUAUAAUUGAUCCUAUUGAUAAUACAGAAAAUGAGUCUGUCAUCUUACCCUGAUGGAGAUGGUUCUACCUCGUCGGAUAUUUCUUUUGGUAUCUGAAACACGGAAUAGCUAAAAUAUAUUAAGAAAUAUUUGAACUAUGAUUCAUAUUUAAUAUUUAGACCUCGAGAUCGGAUUCAAAAAAAUUUGUUUUUCAAAGAAAGAAUUAUAAGUUAUAAAUCGAAAGAUUUUUAUUAUUUCAAACUCCUUUGUAUGACUAUUUUGUGUAAUCAACAGACAAAUUUUUUUGUAUUAUUAGUCAUAAUACCUAUCCUAUAUGAUUGAAUCAGUGAUGAUACAACGGUUCUUACUCAAGGAAUCUUUGUGCUUAACUUUAAGGAUUUUAUUGAAUUAUCGUGGUUCUAGUAUGAAUCUGGGGGUUCAAGCGAUUCAUAGGGUCUUAACAAGAGAAAUUCCUAUCAAUGAUAAAAAAAGCAAAAAGCGGUAUUAGGCAUAGGCACAAAAAAAAGAAAUCAAAGAAAAAUAGGAAAAGAGAAUAUUCAAGAAGCCUGUAGUAACAAUUAAGCGAAAGACAACUGAGCUGACUUGAUAUUUUGGCAUUAUCACCACAAAGAAGAACUGUCGGAUUUUUAUUCCUUUCUAUCUUCCGAAUCUGAAUAGGGGAUUAAGAAGUUUUCAACUUUCUAUUCUAUAAUCCCUUUUCAUUUUAAUUCAGUAUUUGGGUGUGUCUGCUUGAGCUGUACGAGAUGAAAGUCUCAUAUACGGUUCUUAGGGGGGGGGAUUCGAAGGUUACCUAUCUCAAUAAAGUCUAUGAUUGGUUCGAAGAACGUCUCGAGAUUCAGGCGAUUGCGGAUGAUAUAACUAGUAAAUAUGUUCCUCCUCAUGUUAACAUAUUUUAUUGUCUAGGCGGAAUUACUCUUACUUGUUUUUUAGUACAAGUAGCUACGGGGUUUGCUAUGACUUUUUACUAUCGUCCAACCGUUACUGAGGCUUUUGCUUCUGUUCAAUAUAUAAUGACUGAAGCUAACUUUGGUUGGUUAAUACGAUCAGUUCAUCGGUGGUCGGCGAGUAUGAUGGUUCUAAUGAUGAUCCUGCAUGUAUUUCGUGUGUAUCUCACCGGUGGGUUUAAAAAACCUCGAGAAUUGACUUGGGUUACAGGUGUGGUUCUAGGUGUAUUGACCGCGUCUUUUGGUGUAACCGGUUAUUCCUUACCUUGGGAUCAAAUUGGAUAUUGGGCAGUCAAAAUUGUAACAGGCGUACCGGACGCUAUUCCUGUAAUAGGAUCGCCUUUGGUAGAGUUAUUGCGGGGGAGUGCUAGUGUGGGACAAUCCACUUUGACUCGUUUUUAUAGUUUACACACUUUUGUAUUGCCUCUUCUUACUGCUGUAUUUAUGUUAAUGCACUUUCUAAUGAUACGUAAACAGGGUAGAAUCUAUAAGAAUUCACCUAUCCUAAUAACAAAAAAACCUGACUUAAAUGAUCCUGUAUUAAGAGCUAAAUUAGCGAAAGGUAUGGGGCAUAAUUAUUAUGGGGAGCCCGCAUGGCCUAAUGAUCUUUUAUAUAUUUUUCCUGUAGUGAUUUUAGGUACUAUUGCGUGUAACGUAGGAUUAGCGGUUUUAGAACCAUCAAUGAUUGGUGAGCCGGCGGAUCCGUUUGCAACUCCUUUGGAAAUAUUACCUGAAUGGUAUUUCUUUCCUGUAUUUCAAAUACUUCGUACAGUACCAAAUAAGUUAUUAGGCGUUCUUUUAAUGGUUUCAGUACCUGCGGGAUUACUAACAGUUCCUUUUUUAGAGAAUGUGAAUAAAUUCCAAAACCCAUUUCGUCGUCCAGUAGCUACAACUGUUUUUUUGGUUGGUACUGUAGUAGCCCUUUGGUUAGGUAUUGGAGCAACAUUACCCAUUGAUAAAUCCCUAACUUUAGGUCUUUUUUAAAUUGAUUCAAUUGUGAAAUAACACAAGGUCUGUAUCUAGGGAAUAGUCGCUUCAAAGUGAAUUUUCCCUAGAUACAUC